GGCCUGGUUCUUAAAUGUCGUGUGAUUGUGUGAAUGAAAAUACGACUCUUCAUGAUCAAAUCACAUCGGUCGCAAUCUGCAUCAUAUUACGGGAUACGUGUAUGCACUCUGAGUUGGACGAUCACCAGACGCAACAGGACUUUGUGGCCCGACUGAUGGCCUACAAUCUGCAAACGCGCAUCACCGUAUUCUUCAGCGCCGCCCUGAAAAACGUCCUCGUUAGACUUUCUGCAUUGGGCAUGGUAGUGAUCAAGGUGUUCAUUCCAUGGUUGCGCUAAUGAGACCGAAGCGAAGUUAAUCUGAAAGGCUGCUGUCAUCGUUGCGGUCA